AUGGCGGAUGAGAUGGAGCUUACGCCGCAGUCGCCACGUGGAACAAAGAGGAAAGGCGAUGAUAGUCUUCCACUUCCUGCACCGCGCAGGAUCAAGGCACUUUCGCAAGACGUCGUUAACAAAAUCGCGGCCGGAGAGAUCAUUGUCGCGCCAGUGAACGCGUUGAAAGAGUUGAUUGAGAAUGCUGUGGACGCAGGAUCGACCGCAUUGGAAGUUCUGGUCAAAGAUGGUGGUCUCAAGUUGCUGCAGAUUACCGACAAUGGACACGGCAUCGAUAAAGAGGACUUGCCAAUAUUGUGCGAACGUUUCACGACUUCCAAACUCAAAGCCUUCGAAGACCUGACCUCCAUCGGCACGUAUGGCUUUCGUGGCGAGGCGCUGGCGAGCAUUAGCCACAUUGCUCAUCUCAAAGUCACGACGAGGACGAAAGAGUCAAGUUGUGCGUGGGAAGCUCACUUUGCCGAUGGCAAGCUUUCAAGCACGAAGCCCGGCCAGAGCGCAGAGCCCAAGCCCAAGGCUGGCCGACAGGGCACAAUCAUCACGGUAGAAGAUAUGUUCUACAACGUUCCUUCACGACGCCGAGCUUUUCGCUCCGCCAGCGAAGAGUAUGCAAAGAUCCUCGAGCUUGUCGGAAAGUAUGCUGUUCACUGCGCAGGUGUUGGUUUCUCCUGUAGGAAGGCGGGCGAAAACAGCGCAGGUGUAACCGUACCUGCUUCUGCUACGGUUAAAGACCGAAUCCGGCAGAUCCAUGGCAGCGCUGUUGCGAACGAAUUGCUAUCCCUAAACGUCGAAGACGACCGCUGGGGCUUCAAGUGUCACGGCUGGGUCAGUAACGCAAACCACACGAUCAAGCGGACGCAGAUGCUACUCUUCAUCAACCACCGAUCGGUAGAGUCAUCAGUAAUCAAAAAGAGUGUCGAGCAGACUUAUGCCACUUUCCUACCAAAAGGAGCGCAUGCAUUCUUCUAUCUGAGUCUCGAAAUCGAGCCUCAACGAGUCGAUGUGAAUGUGCAUCCUACCAAGCGCGAGGUUCAUUUUCUGAAUGAAGACGAAAUCAUAGCUGUCAUAUGCGACUCGAUCCGCGAAAGCUUGAGCAAGGUGGACACAAGCCGGUCGUUCAUGACUCAGUCGUUGCUUUCAAAUCCCAAAGUCCCCUUCGCAACGCCCAUGAAACAGAUUUCACCUUCGGUUCCUGCGACAGUUGAUGCAUCUGAUCGCAGCGGCUCAAAGGCGCCGCAAUCAGUAACCAAGAAACGGAAUGAUAAUCACCUUGUCCGCACAGAUGCCUCAGCACGCAAGAUCACGUCAAUGUUGCAGCCGCAGAAAUCAGUCGAAGAGAUUGCAAUGGAUGAAGAAGAAAUGGAAUACGAGCUCGCAGAAAAAGAACCAAUAGCUUGUCGUCUCACGUCCGUCAAAGACCUUCGCGCAGAGGUUCGAGAUGCCAUGCACAACGAGCUUACGGAUAUUAUCUCGACGCAUACAUUUGUUGGUAUUGUUGACGAGCAGAAGCGUAUAGCAGCCAUACAAGGCGGCGUCAAGCUGUUUCUCGUCGAUUACGGCAUGCUCUGCAAUGAGUAUUUCUACCAAGUUGGUCUCACGGAUUUUGCCAAUUACGGAUCAAUCCGCUUCAAUCCGCCUUUAUCACUACAUGACCUACUCAAGGUUGCCGCAGAACAAGAGAAGACCAAUGCAGGCGAUGCGGCGGACGAGGUAGACUGGGAUGAGGUUGUCGAGGUUGUCAAGGAGCAGUUGAUCAGUAAGGCAGCGCUGCUAGGCGAAUACUUCUCCAUGGAGAUCACCCCAGAAGGCGACCUUUGCUCUAUUCCGUUGCUGAUGAAGGAAUACACUCCUUCUAUGGCCAAACUUCCUCAAUUCCUGCUACGCCUCGGACCACAUGUUAAUUGGAAUGAGGAGAAGGGAUGCUUCCAAACAUUGCUGCGAGAGAUUGCGUCCUUCUACGUACCUGAAAGUCUGCCUCUGCCGCCAUCAGCACAGAAGAGCGAUGACAGCAAAGACAAGGGCACUGUUGCUGAUGAAGACAUCGAGAUUGCUAUAAGGCGGAAGAAGCUACUGCGGGCAAUCGAAUACACCAUAUUUCCGGCCUGGUUCUGGCAUCCCGAUCUCCGACAAGUUCGAAAUCGCGCUGUCGUAAAGUGGAUUAUCACGACAGCCUUCUUGAUGGCAUUCAUUUUGGCUGUGCUAUCGCUGUACUGGGCUGUGUUCUUCAAGGUCGAGAAUAGGCUAAGCCAUUUGCUCGUUUACGUUGUGGAUAUGGAUGGAGCGGCGCCUUACGACAACACCGGGAACGCGCCUUUCGUUGGACCGACUAUCACGCAACUUGUACAACAGCAGUUGAGCAGCGGCCAGCCGACGUUGGGAUGGGGCGUCCGGCCUGGUUCAGAUUUCAACAACGACCCGAUACAAGUCCGACAGGCAGUCUACAAUUGGGAUGCCUGGGCUGCUAUCAUCAUCAACCCCAACGCGAGCGCGCUUUUGUACUCCGCUAUCGCCAACGGUAACGCAAGUUACGAUCCUCUGGGAGCGUGUCAGUUGAUCUACCAAGAUGCGAGAGAUGAUACCAACUGGUUUGAUUUCAUGUUUCCCAUCAUCAGCCAGUUCAUGACCCAGGCACAAAGUAUGGUCGGACAGCAAUGGGCACAGAUGGCGAUGCAGCGUGCGAGCGAUCCAGCAGUGCUUUCAAAUAUCCAAAACGCGCCCCAAGCCAUCAACCCAGCGAUUGGCUUCUCCGAGUUCAACCUGCGGCCUUUCUAUCCGUAUACUGGUAUCCCUGCCGUAUCCAUCGGACUCAUUUAUCUUAUCAUUAUAUCGUUCUUUAGCUUCUCCUUCUAUAUGCCCAUUCACAUGCAAUACCUCAAGCCCGAGAACCACCCACCGCUCAAGUUUCCCCAGCUCAUCAUCUGGCGCUGGUGCGCUACGAUAUCCGCCUACUUCAUGCUCUCCCUUGCCUACUCGUUCGUCUCGAUGGCUUUCCAGAUCAACUUCUGGCACACAAAUUCUAUUACCAGCGAAACACAAGUCACAAACAUGAUGGAGGGUAACCCAGUCGCUUAUGGAAGUGGAACCUUUGUGGUAUACUGGAUGCUCAACUUCUUUGGCAUGAUUGCGCUGGGAUUGGCGUGCGAGAAUGUAGCAAUGGUAGUGGGUAUGCCGUGGAUGGGACUGUUCUUGAUCUUCUGGGUCAUCUCCAACGUGUCCACUUCUUUCUACGACAUUGAGAUUGCCCCUGGAUUUUACCGAUGGGGAUAUGCUUGGCCUCUACAUUCGAUUGUCGAAGGGAGUCGGUCGAUACUAUUCGAUUUACACUCAAGAAUAGGUCUGGACUUUGGUAUUCUGAUCGCCUGGGGCGCAGUAAACACGCUGUUCUUCCCGAUCUGCUGUUGGUUCAUGAGUAAGUUCUUGUGGCAUAUGAAGUUGCUUUUAUGUGCUAAUGUCAAGCAGGAUGGAAGACACAGCAUAACAUCCAUGAGUACUGGCCUCUGGACUAAAAUCGAUACGUCUCCCUAG